ACUCAUCAUGCCCUAAAAUUUCUGGUACGCCCCAAAUUUGGAUUCGAAAACAAGACAAAGAAAAACUCCGGGAUAUUAGGAUUUUCACGGCCCUUCAUAAUAUAGACACAUACGACUAGGCUUAUUUCAAUAAACCCUAGAUUUCUCACUUUCUUUCUCUCCCUCAUUGGAUCUGUUGCUAUUCUCAUUAAAGUGUGAUAGUAAUGGCAGUUACUUUCUAUAAUUUGAGCUCCAAGGCUGGCCUCGAGAAGCUUGAUAACCAUCUCAAGACAAGAAGUUACAUCAGUGGAUACCAAGCAUCCAAGGAUGAUAUCACUGUGCAUGCAGCACUCAAGGGAGCUCCAUCAUCAGAAUACAUUAAUGUGUCUAGGUGGUUCAACCACAUUGAAGCUCUUUUAAGGAUCAGUGGAGUUGCUGCUGACGGCAGCAGUGUCUCAGUUGAAGGAUUUGCUCCUGUCACAGAAGAGUCUGUUGCAACCCCCUCUGUGACUGAUGCAAAGCCAGCUGAGGAUGAUGAUGAUGAUUCUGAUGUUGAUCUUUUUGGAGAGGAGACAGAGGAGGAAAAGAAGGCUGCUGAGGAACGUGCAGCAGCUAUCAAGGCUUCUGGCAAAAAGAAAGAAUCUGGAAAGUCUUCAAUUUUGUUGGAUGUAAAGCCAUGGGAUGACGAGACAGAUAUGGCCAAGCUUGAGGAAACCGUUAGGAGUGUUCAGAUGGAAGGCCUCACAUGGGGAAUGUCCAAGCUUGUCGCAGUUGGAUAUGGUAUCAAGAAGUUGCAAAUUAUGAUGACAAUUGUGGAUGACCUGGUAUCCAUUGAUUCCCUUAUUGAGGAUCACCUCACCAGUGAACCUGCCAAUGAGUAUAUUCAGAGUUGUGAUAUUGUUGCAUUCAACAAAAUCUGAAGAAACGGGCUAGUAUUGCGAGAGAUGCAUUUUGAGUUGUUAUACGUUGAUGUAAGAAAAGUCUUAUCUUCUUCAAUCUAUUAACUUUAGUUAUUGGGAUUUUUUCCUUUGAUUUUGGUUGUCCUUUAUAAAUGUGUCCAAUGUUAGAAGUGGUUAUCUGUAUUCUAUAGACCAUAAUGUGUGUAGUUCCCCUCAAACACCGCUUAGUGAUGGCUUGCACUGAAAUUCCUUGGAUGCAGCUAUCGUUGUACGUCUUUUCAAGGCUUUAAGCCAUUCCAAUUGAAUGUAACUGAUUGGCUUCAAAUCAUCUCAACUUGUCCUUUA